AUGAACCAGUCAACGAACGCACCACCCAACUCUACGGUCGAGCUUAUGUAUGGCUGGAGAGAACAGCCGCAAGAUCGAGGAACUCUAGACAUCAUCUGGUCCUGCUUUCUUGUGAUCUUUAUCAGCAUCUGGACAGUUCUCCAUAUCAACUUGCCGAAGCCGGACGAAGGUUACUGGAGCAUUCUAAUUCGUAAAACUCGAUGGUGUAUCCUUUCAAUCUAUGCUCCCGAGUUUGUUACUUUGCUGGCUGCCUCACAACGAGCUUCCGCUAAGGCCUCAGUCAUAGAGAUGCACGAGAUCGGCGUGAAGGGAUGGACUUUAACUCACGGCUUCUUUGCGGAUAGCGGUGGUUUCAUCUUGAAUCCUCCUGAUGGGCCAGCAUUUCCUGUGAAUUCACGCGCUCUACAUUACCUUGUCAAGAAUCGCUACGUGGAAGCGCCUGAGCUCACGAAGGACGAAAUUGUCGACAAGAGUAAAGCAGAUAUAUUUGCCAAGUGUGUAGCUGUUAUCCAGGGCAGUUAUCUAGUCAUACAAUGUAUUGCUCGGCCUAUACAGCAUCUCAAAACAUCAACUUUGGAGCUUUUCACCGUCGCGUUCGUCGUAUCAUCAGCCGUCACCUUUUGGAUGUGGAUCCACAAGCCACUCGAUGCCCAAUCUCCCAUACAUAUUAAAUCGACGGUUCCGAUGUCAACUAUUAUCCUGAAAGCCGAUGCCGUGCCAAAAAGUCCGCUGUGGGAUACUCCAAUGGAUUUUGUAGAACAGCCUGGUUGGUCUCUCUGGAGACGCAGGCGUUUCUUCACAUACUUUGGAGGUCUCGAAGUAAGGCCGUUACAGCGGAUUCCCAACGACUACGUUCCUCCACCGCCAACCUUGAGGUUAGCCUAUCCAUUAUACGGAUUAGCAGUAUUUUACGCAGCCAUUCAUGUGUGCGCUUGGAAUUUUGACUUCCCGACCAGAGCUGAAUUAAUCAUAUGGCGCGCAGCAAGUGUUACGCUUCUCGCAGAUCUUUUCAUUUGGGGCCUUGUGGAAUGUCUUUCGAUAAAGCCAGGGUUUGACUAUACAAUCACGAUUCUCGGCAUUUGGGAAAAGAAGUGCUCCAAGGAUAGUACUUGGAGGCAUUAUGCGGUCGAUAUGCCUGCUACAAUCAGUGCUAUUCUUUAUUUCGUAGCUAGGACCGUACUAAUCGGAGAAACUAUCGCUAGCCUACGGUUGAUGCCGGCAACGGUAUUCAUAUGUGUCGAGUGGAGUAACUUUCUGCCACAUUUCUGA